GUAUUUAAAAGUUGUUAAUUAAAUUGCUAAGCAGAUAAGCUACUCAGAAACACCACUGUGUUUGAGCAGGAACAGGAAGUGAUAUUCUACCACAAGCGAACAUCAAGUCACACAUUCUACUGUAAACCCAUCACAGUGCAGCAAACUCACCUGUUCAUCCUGCAGAGGAUUCUCAUGCAGCCUUUAAAUAACACAGUCUGCCCCAGUUUGAUUAGCAGCAGGUUUAUGAACAAACACAAUAUGAGACACAAUAUCUCCUCGCCUUUGAAUCUAACCUUCCUGUUUGUCUUAUCUCGGCCACAUCUCUGUUGAAAAUGACAUGUUAACGUGACAAAAGUUUGUACUUCAAUAAAUAAAGAGUAAGUAGUGCCUAUAAGUAAGCAAAACAAACAAGAGAACACAGUAUUUAGUCAGAUACCAGAGUACAGCUGCACUGCAGACCCAAGACCCAUUCCAGAAGUCCCUCAUGUCUCCUAUUCCUGACGCUCUUCCUUGACCUUGAUGAAAACGUCACUGAGGUCAAAGCUGAGAAGGAGAACUGCUGAGGACUCAGGAAAAGGGAAGAGGCGUGCACUUAGAACUGGAACAACCUUACACUGGUGUCUCUUUAACAGGAAGUCUGGCGUGUUGAAACUACAAUGUGCAGAAGACAAACUACAAAAGGCUGGUCUAGCUUCACCACAGGGUGUGUUCUUGUUUUAUGGAGGUCAUAGAAACGAUAACAGUCUGUAAAGCAUAUCUUUUUGGUGUUUUAAAGGAGGAGGAACAUUUACUGCAAUCCUACUAAAAUGAUGAUAUUACUAAAACUUUGGCUGUGUCCUAAAACUCUUCAUCAGUGUCACGCUGAGCGUUCAGAGGCGAGCCCACUUAUUGGUCCUCAGUAACUGUUUCCAUGAAACAGCAGAAAUGAAGUGAACUCAGCUUCUGUUUCUCAGCAGUGCGCACACGGCGAGCGACGUCUCUCUGCUCAGUCUGGAGCUAAUAAAACGCUCAGUGUGUCCGAUUAAUGCCUGAAUGAAACUAAGAAGCCACCGGGCAUUUACUGGCGUGCCACAGUAACCAUGGUAACUGGGACGGUGAUCUGAAGGUAAAUAAUGUUUGUGUUGUUCUGCACGUGGUACAGUUUGUAAUGCCGCAGCUCCACCUGAGUCCUAAUCCUCAGACCUUUGCUCGGUGGUUUCCAGAGGUGGGCAGUAAUGAGGUUCUGCUGCCCAACCUGCUUCUGAAUAUCCAGCUCUGUGACCUGCGACCCCUGUGGGAGCCAUGAGCCAUCAUCAGAGCUCAGCGAGUCCUGGUGACACCCUGAGUCAGUCUGCAUCUCCUCCUCCUCCACACUGUCAUGCUGAUGAAGAAGAAGAGGAAGAUCUAAACAAGGCCUUUGAUGUUCAGGACUUUCAGCAGAUCCUUUGUCCUGCAGCUCGCAGCCCGCCAGAGAAACACAGAGUCUAUGAUGAACAGGACAUCGAAGAACACCGCCACUCUUCCCUCCAUGUCCAUCACCCUCUUUCCAAACCACCCACUGACAGCAGGAGGAAGAAAACUGCCGAGGGGAGGAAGGAGUGUAGGCGAGGCUCCGCCCCCAGCAAUGCAAGUACCAUAGAUGAAGACCAACAGGACGAAGAGCAUGGAAAGGAGGAGGAGGCCUACAGUCAAACUGAUGGCGAUGAUCUGACCACCAUCUCAUCCAAUCGCAACGGCACCGUGAUGAGCGCUGCAGAUGCCGACGAGUCUGAAACGUUGACGUCUGUGGACCUGGAUGGCAUCAAAAGUCACCGACUGGAUGACGUUCCAGCCGUUCGACGGCACCUGGUGAGGCGGAGCUCCAGAGGACCGAUCGUCCACGCCACCAAAGAUCCGACGGUCAGCUGGUCAAACCAGCACCUGCGACCGGACCGUACACCUCAUGAGGUGUUCGUGGAGCUGAACGAGCUGGUGAUCGACAGGAACCAGGAGCUGCAGUGGAGGGAGACGGCUCGAUGGAUCAAGUUUGAGGAGGAGGUGGAGGAGGAGACAGAGCGCUGGGGGAGACCUCACAUUGCUUCCCUGUCCUUCCGUUCUCUGCUGGAGCUUAGAAAAACAAUGGCCCAAGGGGCCAUACUCCUGGAUCUGAAGCAGAAGACUUUACCAGGGAUUGCUCAGCAGGUGGUGGAGCAGAUGGUGAUCUCAGAUCAGAUUAAAGCUGAAGACCGAGCCAAUGUUCUGGGAGCUCUGUUGCUCCGUCACAGUCACCCCAGCGAUGAGAAAGAUCACAGCUUAUUCAGCAGGAACAUCUCUGCAGCAAACAUGGCCAACCUUAUCGACAGACACAAUGGAAAAUCUGAUCCCUGCAUCAACCUGACCAAUCACAAGGAGGCUGAUGGAGAGAAGAACAAGAGAGAAGUCCCACAGCUCUGUCACUCCAGAUCCAAGCAUGAGGUAAAGCUAAUGGAGAAGAUCCCAGAGCGAGCUGAGGCCACUGUGGUCCUCGUAGGCAGUGUGGGUUUCCUGGACCAGCCAUCCAUGGCGUUUGUGCGACUGCAGGAGGCAGUUCUGCUGGAAUCUGUCUUGGAGGUUCCUGUGCCAGUUAGGUUCCUCUUCCUCCUGCUGGGCCCGCCCACUGCCAACAUUGACUACCAUCAGAUUGGACGCUCUAUCUCAACACUCAUGUCUGACAAGAACUUCCAUGAGGCGGCGUACCAGGCAGACGACCGUCAAGACCUGCUGACAGCCAUCAACCGCUUUCUGGACAGCAGCAUCGUCCUCCCGCCCUCUGAGGUCAGCGGUGACGAGUUGCUCCACUCAGUGGCUCACUUCCAACGAGAAAUGCUCAGAAAGAGGGAGGAGCAGAGCAGCAAACUUCAGGAGAAACAGACCAGCAUUCAGCAGGACGAAGAUUCUCUUGUUCCCUCCAAACCUGGUGAUGAGCCGUUGAGGAGGUCAGGUCGUCUGUUUGGAGGCCUCAUCAAAGACGUUAUGCGGCGCUAUCCUCAGUAUUUCAGCGACAUCCGAGAUGCUCUAAACCCUCAGUGUAUGGCUGCCAUUAUCUUUAUCUACUUUGCUGCACUGUCACCUGCCAUCACCUUUGGUGGACUGCUUGGUGAGAAAACGGAGGGUCUGAUUGGUGUGUCGGAGCUGAUAGUGGCCACUGCGUUGCAGGGCAUUGUGUUCAGUGUGCUGGGAGCUCAGCCGCUGCUGGUGAUUGGCUUCUCCGGACCGCUGCUUGUAUUCGAAGAGGCCUUCUACACUUUUUGUAAAGUUAAUGGGAUCGAGUAUCUGACGGGUCGGGCAUGGAUUGGUCUCUGGCUGGUGCUCAUCGUUGUCCUUACCGUGGCCUUCGAGGGAAGCAUACUCGUUCGCUUUGUUUCACGCUUCACACAGGAGAUCUUCUCCUUCCUGAUCUCUCUCAUUUUUAUCUAUGAGACCUUCGCCAAGCUGAUCAAGAUCUUUCAGGAGCAUCCACUCCAUAACUGUUACCAUGGAAACAACACUGAAUCUCCAUCUCACUGCAACUACACUAUGGCCUCCGGGAAUCCUGGGAAAGUUGUUGGAGAACCGAACACUGCUCUGCUGUCAUUGGUCCUCAUGGCAGGAACGUAUUUCAUCGCCUUCUACCUUCGCAAGUUCAAAAACAGCUCCUUCUUCCCUGGAAGGCUCCGUAGGAUCAUCGGAGACUUUGGGGUCCCCAUUGCCAUCCUCAUCAUGGUGCUGGUGGACUACAGUGUGCAGGACACCUAUACUCAGAAACUGAACGUGCCCAGCGGAUUCUCGGUGUCCAGCCCAGAGAAGCGAGGCUGGGUGAUUUCCCUUCUGGGGUCGGACGGGCAGUUUCCAGCCUGGAUGAUGGGCGCCAGCAUCCUGCCAGCUAUACUCGUCUUCAUUCUCAUCUUCAUGGAGUCCCAGAUAACAGCGUUGAUCGUGAGUAAGAAGGAGAGGAUGCUGGUGAAGGGAACCGGUUUUCACGUGGAUCUUUUAAUCAUCGUGGUGGUAGGCGGAGUCUCGGCUCUGUUCGGCCUGCCCUGGCUGUCGGCCGCCACAGUUCGGUCUGUGACUCACACCAAUGCCCUGACCGUCAUGAGUAAAGCCGUUGCCCCUGGAGACAAGCCUCGCAUCCAGGAGGUGAAGGAGCAGAGGGUGACGGGCUUCUUGGUGGCGUUUCUAGUAGGUCUGUCCAUCGUCAUCGGCGAAGUUCUGCGUCAGAUCCCGCUGGCAGUCCUGUUCGGGAUCUUCCUCUACAUGGGUGUGAUGUCCCUGAAUGGGAUCCAGCUCACUGAGCGACUCAUCUUGCUGCUGAUGCCCCCAAAAUACCACCCCAACCACAACUACGUCCGCAAGGUGCGGACUUUGAGGAUGCACCUUUUCACUCUCGUCCAGCUGACAUGUCUGGCUCUGCUGUGGGUCGUCAUGGCGACAGCGGCAGCGCUGGCCUUCCCCUUCAUGCUGCUGCUGACCAUCCCCGUGAGGAUGCUGCUGCUGCCCCGCCUCUUCUCCCGCCGAGAGCUGCAGAGCCUAGACGCUGAUGACGUGGAGCCCACUCUGGAGGAGAAGGAGGGGCAGGACGAGUACUCCCAGCUGCAGAUGCCUGUGUGAGCGGGAACUGCGUGGUGAUUGGUGGCUCCGCCCCACUGUAGCGUUUCAAGUUUCGUACGCCUGGGUUUCUGUUCGCAGAGCGUCUUCCUGUUGUAAAGCUUGCACUAACAGUUCUCUGUCAGUAAACACGAGUAUUAUCCUCCAAACCAGUCUGUG